CUUGUUCAAACAAUGAUGCUGGGUCGCUGGCAGGGCAUGGCACGCGGCGUCGCGGCGGCGAUGACAAUCGCUGUGCGAACCAUGUCUACUCGGAAUGCAAGGGGACAGUCAUGGCACGUUACGCUGAUGGCGCUGAAAUCCUAUAACGAGCAGCACGGUCAUCUCCAAGUGCCGCAGUCAUUUGUCGUAGCCGACUCCACUUCGACCGACGACACCACCACGUGGCCACCGGAGACGAAGGGCCUCAAACUCGGAAAAGUCGUGAAUCGACUGCGCGUUGCCCUGAAGAAGAAUACUCUGACGGAGGAGCAGCAAAAGGAUCUCAACGAUGUGGGGUUUGAAUACGUCGCCCGCGUGACCUGGUCAGACAAAUUGACCGCCCUUAAGCUCUACCACAGCAUCAACGGCCACACGAACGUCCCGACAUCAUUUAAAGUUCCACUGGACGACCCAAACUGGCCGUCCCAUCUCGCAGGCAUUCCUCUAGGCACCGUAGUCAAAGGCCUGCGCUUCCACCGCGAGGCGCUGCCCAAGCCUCGUCGGGCGCAGCUCGACCAAGUGGGUUUUGUCUGGUCGUCAUGGGACUUGAGCUGGAAAAAGCGCAUGCUGGCUUUGCAGACGUACCGCGACAUCCACGGCGACCUCGACGUUCCCCCCGAGUUCACCGUCCCAGAAGGCGACCCAAAAUGGCCAGCUCCAACAUGGGGUCUCAAGCUCUACACCGCCGUGCGAAACAUUCAGAGUCGAUCGCAUCGACUCAACUUUGAGCAACUGGACGAGCUCCACCAACUCGGUUUUCAGUGGGACAAGGUCGAGUUCACGUUUGCUUGUCGCGCGGACGCGUGGAAGUUGUAUUGCGACAUGCAUCAAUCGCGCCACGUGCCAGAGUCGUUCGUCGUCCCGCGCGACGCACCGUGGCCCAGGCGCAUGUGGGACCUUCCCCUCGGACGUGUUGUCGGUGCAGUUCUUUCCAAGCCGACCCGACUGACGCUGCAGCAGCUCUCGUACUUGCACAAAUUGGGCUUGCUACCCCAAGAGGUUAUCAACGUCGUCGGGUGACCGAUUCAUUCAACACCGAAAUCAACAUAACACAAUGAUUUGCUCACGAAACCCUGAACGAAUGGAGCGAUCGAGCUCGGAGCUGGCGUUGCAUGCGACGGGGACAUCGAGCGGCCAACGCUUGAUGGACGAUGCAAUUUGCAUGCGAUCGUGCCGUGCGUGGUACUCAAGCGCGUUUUGGACCGCCUCGAUGGCGCGUCCACUUCAACCAAAUAUACCGUGGAUGGGCAUGCUGCAGAUGAUUCGCCUUGACAAUGGCGCGGGCAUCACGUUUCUCACGGAUAUUCGGAGGAGGCAGGAUGACGCCGCAUGAGAAGCUUGAGCGAGUUACCUUGCUAGGCGUCUCUUCGAUCGCAGAAACACCGAAUUCUAC